GCCACGUGUUCUUCCUCCCAAUUCCCACUCCGUCUGCUCAAUUGCAGUGCUGGUACUGCGUCAUGGCCGGUUCACAUCAGCUGCUUCGUUCUGAGAAAAAGAAAAUGGCGAAGAUGGUACGUCGUCAUCAGAAUGGCAAGGGAAGCCAUGUCAAGCAUUGCUACAUGAUGUGGCAAACGAUGUUUGAGAUCGACACAAAGUACGUGCCGAUCGAGCACAUCGGAAGAGGGUCUUACGGGAUAGUUUGCUCAUUGAUGAACAAGAAUACGAACGAGAUGGUUGCCAUAAAAAAGAUAAACAAUAUCUUUGACAACCGCGUGGAUGCGUUGAGAACGCUGCGGGAGAUGAAGCUCCUUCGACACUUGCGUCAUGAGAAUGUCAUUGCUUUGAAGGAUAUAAUGAUGCCAAUACAUAGGAGGAGCUUCAAAGAUGUCUACUUGGUGUCCGAACUGAUGGACACGGAUCUGGAUCGGAUCAUCAACUCAUCUCAAACACUUAUGACUGAGCACUGCCAAUAUUUCCUUUUUCAGCUGCUCCGAGGCCUGAAGUAUCUUCAUUCAACUAGGAUACUCCAUAGAGACCUGAAACCACUCAACCUUCUAGUUAAUGGAAACUGUGACCUGAAGAUUUGUGACUUUGGUCUUGCCCGAACAAGUAACACUGAAGGUCAGUGUUUGACUGAAUAUGUUGUCACCCGAUGGUAUAGAGCUCCAGAGCUGCUGCUCUCUAGCGACAACUAUGGCACCUCCAUAGAUGUGUGGUCAGUUGGCUGCAUCUUUGCUGAGCUUCUUGGCCGCAAGCCAAUCUUUCCUGGAACCAACAGCCUAAAUCAGCUUCAGCUUAUAGUCAAUGUUCUUGGCACCAUGAACGACGCUGACCUUGAGUUCAUUGAUAAACCAAGAUCUCGCAAUUACGUCAACUCCCUUUCAUACACCCCUGGGAUUCCCCUCACCAAAAUGUACCCACAAGCGCACCCUCUUGCCAUUGAUCUGUUGCAGAAGAUGCUGGUCUUUGAUCCUUCCAAAAGGAUCAGUGUCACCGAGGCUCUGGAGCACCCCUAUUUGUCUAGGUUGUAUGAUCCGAGCGUAAGCCGUCCUGCACAGGCACCCAUCGAUCUCGAUAUAGAUGAAAACCUCGGUGUGGAGAUGAUCCGAGAAAUGAUGUGGCAGGAGAUGCUCCAGUACCCUUGAGGCUACCGUGAUGGUGAAUAUGUGACAAGCAUCAAUGAACAUAUGAAGAGCUAUUUACCACACGCCCACACCAAGGUCUUCGCUUGUUCAUUUUUAUAUAAACUUUAUAGUGAUUAUUGUUGGAAAUAUGUCCUAGAGGCAAUAAUAUUUGUAUUAUUAUAUUUCCAUAUUCAUAAUUAAGGAGUUUAUAUCCUAUGUUAUAAUUGCUAUGAUCCUCGAAUAAUAUUUGUAAAUAGUUGUUGUCCAUUUAUUCUUUGUUGUAACUGAAGAUGAAGGUACAUAUUCAUCCAUGUCGAUAUCAUAGAUAUCAGCUCCCUCUGAAUUGCUAUCAAUAUUUUUGUCU